UUCCAGCUGCCCUGUGCUUAGCAAGGGACUGCAGUGGCUCUCCAGGAAGCCCAAAGGGGCCACGUGUGCUGACUCUCCUUAGCUGCUUCCUCCCGAAUAUCCAUUCCUGGCAGCUGCUGGACUGGGACUGCCCGGAGGAGCUGGCCGAGGCCCAAUGGAGCAGGGAGGCUGGCAGCGGUGGCUGCUGCUGCUGGUGGGCAUCCAGCUGGCUAGUAGCCAGUGCCCAGAGCAGUGCCAGUGUGUCCGUAGUGCCCAGGUGGAGUGCUUUGGUGCCGACAUCACCAUGGUCCCCAGCCCCAUCCCUGCCAACGCCAUGACCCUGCAGAUCAUCAACACGCGCAUCGCCGAGCUGGGCGACGCCGCCUUUGGCAACGCCUCCCUGCUGAUCGGGCUGCGCGUCGAGAAGAACGUCCUGUCACGCAUCAGCCCCGGGGCCUUCCAGAACCUGCCCGACCUGCGCUACCUCAGCCUGGCCAGCAACAAGCUGCAGGAGCUCCCUGUGCAGGUCUUUCAGCCUCUGGACAAGCUGGAGUCUCUGCUCCUCUCCAGCAACCAGAUCCUGCAGGUCGAGCCUUCCCACUUUGCCCAUCUGAGCAACCUCAAGGAGCUGCAGCUGCACGGGAACAACCUGAAGGAGCUGCAGGAGGGGGUGUUUGACCAGCUGACCAGCCUCACCAAGCUCAACCUGGCCAGGAACAACAUCGACCGCCUGCCGCCCCGGGCCUUCGAGCGGCUGGCGCGGCUGCAGGUGCUGCGGCUCUACGAGAACCGGCUCCGGCACAUCCCGGUGGGCACCUUUGAUGGGCUGCCGGAGCUGCAGGAGCUGGGGCUGCACCAGAACCAGCUGGAGACGCUGUCCCCGGAGCUAUUUGUGCACAACACCAACCUGCAGAAACUCUACCUAUCCAACAACUUCCUCACCACUCUGCCGAGCGGCGUCUUCUUGCCCCUGCACGCUCUUGCCAAGAUCACCCUGCACGUCAACCGCCUGCGGGACAUCUCCCCCAGUGCCUUUGGGCCCAUGCCCAACCUGCAGGAGCUCUGGCUUUACGAGAAUGAGCUUUCCACCCUCCCCACUGCUGUUUUCAGCAACCUCACCCAGCUGCAGCUCCUGGUUCUCAGCAAGAACCGGCUGCGGUCGGUGGCACCGGGGGCUUUCCAGGGCUUGGGGGAGCUGCUGGAGCUGUCGCUGCACUCCAAUGCCCUGCGCCGCCUGGAUGCCCGAGCACUGGAGGGGAUGCCCAAGCUGCAGAACAUCUCUCUGCACCACAACCAGCUGCAGGCGCUGCCACGGGGCCUCUUCAGGGCCACCCCUGGGCUGCGGCACCUGCAGCUGCACUCCAAUGCCCUGGAGUACCUGCCUGCCGGCAUCUUCUCCCCGCUGACUGCCCUGCGAGAGGUGAGGCUGCACAACAACUCCUGGCGCUGUGACAAGGGCAUCCUGCCCCUGCAGGGCUGGCUGGAGGAGAACCCUCACAAGGUGGGUGAGAUCGCCCCGCUGUGUGUCCAGCCUCCCGCCCUGCAGGGCAUCCCCAUCGCCGGGCUGCCACAGGACCAGUUCCUCGACCCCCAGGCCCCCACUGCUGCUCCUCAUCCCAGCACCCUGCUCCCUGCUGACACCUCGGAGGCAGCAUCAGAUGAUGCCUCAGCAGCAGAAGAUGCUUCGAUGGAGCCCCCCACGGGGCUGCCAGCCUCCCCACAGGAAGAUGAGGAGGAAAAGAAGGAGGAGGAAGAGAGGGGGCAGUGGGGGCUGACACGCCUGCAGAGUGGGGUGGUGGUAGCAGUCAUCGUGCUGGUGUGUGUGGCCCUGCUGGCUGCUCUGGUGGCACUGGUGAUCUAUGGCUGUAGGAAGAAGAGUCACGUUGUGCUCAUGAGGAUGAAGGCUCCGAAUGAAGCCUGAGUAUCUGGCAGACCCUGAGGGCAGAGGUGCUUGUGGGGUCAAAGGACAUGACAGUGGCUCUGUAUCAGCUGCCCUUGCUUACUGGGAUGGCACAACAUCACCAUGUGCGCUGUGUGUACCACUGUCCUGCUCUGCUUUGCCCUGCCCCUGCUCUGCAGCGGGGCCUCCCCACCGAGUGACCUCCCAUGGCUGCCCACUGUCCCCAGCCCUUCCUGCCUCCAGUGCAGCCUCUGUGCUCAUUCCCUGCCCAGUUCAGCAGCUGAGGUGUGGGAUGCAGAGAGGGACCUCUCGAGCCAGAAGCCACAGCCUGGCCAUGAUGGUGCUUUACCCCAAAUAACAGGAUGUCCCCAUCCUUCACCUUGCCCCAUUCCCUGCAGUGCUGCUGCCCUCAUGCUGCCUGCUGCCCUCACCCCUGCCCAGCCCCUCUCUCCACCUUCUGCCCCCACUACACCUCACUCCUUGCCCCUGCCUGGGCAGGCAGUGUGAGCCAUCAUUCUGGGCCAGGAUGACAGCUUUGCCCCAGGGGAGCUGCGUGUCCUCUGCUGCUCCUCACUCACGGUGCCUGGGCAGGGCUCCCCGCGGGGCUGUGCUGCUGCCAGGCUGGCACACCCUGAGUGUCUCAGCUGCGUCCCAGUUGCCCUCCCUGCCUGCAGGCAGGGCAGGCCAGAGCACAGCCAGCACCCUCUCCUGCUCCUGGCAUCUGCCUGCUUCCCUCAUGCACCUCCAGCCAGAAGAGCCACGGGACAGUGUGCUGGCAUCAGGGAUGGGCAGGAGCAGUCCCUCAGCGUUCACUGCAUGCUGGUGCUGACCCUGCUGUGGCUGUGCUCCUGCCUGCAGCACCCUGCUUCAGCCCCACAGGGUGCCAGGGGUGAGGGUGGAGGAGUGGGACAAUGGGUGUGAAGUGUCUGCAGGGGCUGGGAGAAGCUCCUGUGCUUGUGCUUCUGGGUUGCUGGAGUGUGUUGGGGCUGCUUCUGCUGCACCCCAUUCCUAGUCCUCAUUUCCUUAACACCAUCCACCAGCUAGUGAGCAACCUGCUCCUGCUCUGCUUGACCACUAAUAUCUUCUUCAUCCUCUUCUUACUCCCUGGAGUGCCCUCCUGUGUGUUCCCAGUGCCGCUGCUGGGUGGCAGCCCUUGCCAGGGGGGACGCUGGCAGCACAGAGUGCUGGCUACUCUCCAGUUUGCAAAUGGGUGCCAUGCCAUCCCCCCUGUAUCCAGCUGCCUUCUCCAGCUGUAGCACGACCAUGGGGGAUUGAGCUCACCUCUGUGUGUGCUGCAGCGGCAUCAGGCUGCCUGAGGACUGCUGCUGUGGGACAAGGUGGGUGUUUGGUGUCCACCCUGCAGUGCUGGCUGCUCACAGCACCUCAGCAGGCAGUGCUGCUACAAGCAGCUCCACGCUGGUGCAUGUGAUGGGUCACCCCUGUGGGCCGAGUCCUGCAUGGUAACAGGAGACUCAUGACUGUGUCACGGGGCUGUUGGGGGCUGAUGUGUGACUUCUCAUUAAAGUGCCACUGUCCACUCCAA